AUUUUAAAGAUGCCCGUAGGGAAAGUAAGAUUGCUUUUGCUCUGAAAUUCCCCGUUAUUUGUUAAACUUCAUCGAGCCGUGAACUGAUCAUCCUUGUGCAUGGCCAGUUUAAUGGGUUCUGAAAUACCCAAAGCCAUAAAAUUUACUGCGAGCUAUGACUGGACAGACAUUACUAAGGACUUCUGGGAGUCUGCAAAAGAACUCUCGUUGGGAGAGCUUAUUCACGAUGAAAACUUCGGUCUGUUCGAGGCGAUGUCCGCCAUCGAGAUGAUGGAUCCGAAAAUGGAUGCAGGAAUGCUUUGUAAUCGUGCCAGUAAAGACCGAGCUCUAUCGUAUGAAGAGGCCGUAAAGGUAUUGAUUGAGAAUCCCUCCCAACAGCGAAACAAAAUCAAACUGACGGAACUCACCCCGAGCGAGUGCAUAGGAAUUAUUGAUGGAACUUUUGCCUGCCUUGUGACAUGGCUAGAAGGGCAUUCUCUGGCUCAAACCGUUUUUACCAACUUGUACCUCCAUCGUCCAUUUGAAACGUCGGAUGUGGUUAUGAGAGGAUUUUCCUUGACAAUCCUGAAGUUGAUCGAUUUGCUCAUCAACUUCGUCACGAGGCAAGUACCUAUGGCUUCCGUGUUCGAAGAAGAAGAUUUUCAAGCGAUGACCUACGGUUUUGGUCUGUGUAAUGAAAUUCCAAUCCACAAAGCAUCCCUUUUCUUGAAAGAUGCCGAAGACUUCGUUGGUAAAGCGAAAGGAGAUCGCGCUUCGGAGGACUUAAAUGAGAUUCGACUCCUGGAUGCCUUGGCUGCUCGACUGCGUUUUACUCGUAUUUUCUAUCAAGUAUUCGUUGCCCUUGGAAAGCGGGAGUGCUCUGGCCUCUCGCAAGCCAUCAAAGCAUCUGCACUGUGUGCGGAUAUUGGUCAGAGUCUGAAAGAUUCUAUAUGUCUAGGUUCUCAACCUGAGACCAAUCAAAGUUUUCCUGAAAGUCGAGUUGAUUACCCGACAGUCAUGGGAUUUGAACCACUAGUCAAUCAGCGACUGUUGCCCCCGACUUUCCCGCGUUUUACCAGAAUAGUGCCUCGUGACGUAGCGUAUGAUCGACUCACGUCGCUGAUGAAUCGACUGAAGACAAUAUCUGGUGUGUCCCCAAAUUCUUCUUUUCCUGCUUCCUUGGAUUUCAUAUCGGAAUUUAGUGCUCAGAGUCCGUGCGUUGUCAGCAGAUCCGUGAUGAAGUUGACGUUUUUGCCGCAAGGAACUGAGCUCUUCGGGCUUCAUCAAUUGACCGAAGUUUUGCGCGAUGCCUGUCGAGAUUUUAUCUCGCCUCCGAUUUUGACGAACAAAGCUUUCUCACAGGCCCAUCCUGAGGUCUAUUUUAAUAAUAUUGUAACCCGGGAAUCAGUGAACACGUUCUUCUGCGUAUGUUCUCGGCCAUUCACGUUUCUCAUUCAAGCCUUGAGUCAUAAUCGAGCCCGAUUACGAGAUAGACUGGGCCACCUGUUGGAAGACUUUGCUGCGUUGCAAGACGAAGCCGACAGAGUUGACCAGCUCUUGAACUCUUUGUGGAACCAGACUUAUGGCGAUCAAACGCCCGGCGGUUCACACACUCAUUUGGCUUGUCUUGGGACGUGGAUUCUACAUCAUACGUUGAAGAUCAUGGUUACGUUUCUCCUGACUGGAUUCGAAUUGGAGUUGUACUCGGUCCACGAAUACCAUUACAUAUUCUGGUACUUGCACGAAUUCUUAUAUGGAUGGGUGGUGUCGGCGUUCACGCGUGCAGAAAUACUUGUGAUGGAGCAGGACAAGUUUUUGGAAAAGCAAAUUUUGCAGAAUCAGAAAGGCAAAAGUGGAAAGAAGUCUUCGAAAUCGAAAAGGAGACGUACGAAGCCGUAUGAAAAGGAAAUCCAUUUUAACCAGGCCUUACAGGACUUGUGUGGGGGCUAUUACAAGGUAAUGAAAGGACUGAAACUUGAAGGAAAAAUAGACCAACCCUUCGACGAGUUCGACAGUGAAAAAGUACGAUACGAGCAUCGUUUUGGUCCUUUUGCGGCUGUGACGACGCCCCCCGUUGUGUCUUACGAACAGUUCAUCCAUAUGACCUCGAUACUGAAUGCGCAGGGUGAAAAACCUACCGCAAGAGAGCUUUACAUGGAUGCGUCGCGAUUUUUUGGCCAAGCCAAGACAAUACUCGAGUCAUUGCAAGGCUUCAAAUCUGAACAGGUGAUGAGUUUGGUUCAAGUGGCGAAGACAAACUUCGUGGUUUCUAAACUGUUGGCGAAUGGACAUCAGAAGGACUCGUCGUCGCCAAUUUUGUUUGAUUUCUCGCUUCAUUCUCACUUUCCCGUGAUGAAAUUUUCGUAGAUCGAAAGAAGGCGUAGGCUAGCUUUUUGUUUUUUUAAUGCUUGUCUCGAUCCGGCAACAGGCUGUGCGAUUUCUCCCGCAUCCGUUGAGAAGGACGUUGAGUCAGUCAGUACAGGGUUGUGUUCAAAAAUUUUUUGGGGGACGUUGUGGUGAGAUUCUUCUUUCGUUUUCCCUCUUAACCGGCAAGAUGUUACCGCUAUAAUCAUCGUCUUGUUUCCUGUCUUUCCGUUAUUCCCUUCAAGGUUCUGUGUUUUCCGAACGUUGUUUAGACGAAGUUCUCACAUCGAGAAGUUGACCUGCUUAAUUUUAGGUGACCGAUUAGCAAAAGUUAUCGAUGUUCAGAAAGGUUUUUUUUAGAAAUGCCGAGAUGCGCAAAUGGAGCAGGUUUUUCUUCAGUUGAUGACAACUUUUCUGGUUUAUGUUGCAGAUUUACCUGUUACUCUUGAAGAACCUUAUUCCGUUUUCGGAUUCUCCACGUGUAGGCUUUUUUUUUUUUUUUUUUGGAAAGGUGCUGCUGGUGAACGCGCGUUUUCCUUGUGUCUUACUUCU